AUGGCUUAUCUCGCCCACGAUAUAAUGGCGGCAGUGACAAUUUUAUUGGCGCUGGCGUUGUGCUGUGCUGCAGAGGGCAUUCACCUCAAUUUCCGACCGACAACAUCGCAAUUGUUCUUGCAAACCACACCAAGUCUACAAAUCACUGGACCAGGAGCCUCCUUCGCGAGAGUUGUAGCAUUUGCCCCCCAAACUGAAAGACGACGUGUUACAGGAUUCGGCCCGACUCCUGAUGCAGCCUUCUUCGGACCAACUCCAAGUUUCAGCAAUCCACCUCCUCCUGCUGGCUCGGAACUGGACCUAGCUUCUCAAACCUGUGGACUUGCGCCUCCAUUCUGCGCCAAGUCUCGUUACAGAAGUAUUGAUGGUACUUGCAAUAACCUCCAAAGGCCAGAUUGGGGUAUUUCUAAUGCGGCUUUUGGUCGGAUAGCGCCUGCAGACUAUGAUGACGGUGUAAGUGCUAUAAAGACCCUUUCGAAGACGGGCCGACCUCUGCCGAAUGCUCGUGAACUUAGUCUACGGCUGUUCCCCGACCUGCAUGUCAUUGACCCCGUAUGGACCCUAAACACCCAACAAUGGGGACAAAUUGUGACCCACGACAUGUCACUAGCUGCUGGCGAAAUACAAGCUCCGGAUUUCAAUCCACCGAAUAAGGAAUUGACGAACUGCUGCGAUGACAACGGGAGACUGACUGAUACUGCGCAAUCGAAUCCAUCUUGUGCACCUAUACUGAUACCUCGUAAUGACCCUGUGCAUGCACCACAAGGAACUCAGUGUAUGAACUUUGUAAGGACGGGAACGACUAGAGACAGAGGAUGCACUCCACCUAACGUCCCUGCUCAACAGCUAACAGCGGUCACAGCCUUUAUGGAUCUCUCUUUGGUCUACGGUAGCAGUCAGACUCAGGCCGAUCCAAUCCGAGCCCGUCAAGGAGGUCGUCUUUUGACCAUUGUCAGAGGAGGCCGGGAAUGGCCGCCACAGGAACCUAACACGACCGUCAUCUGUGAAACUGCGCAGUCACCUAAUGAACCCUGUUAUUUGACCGGUGACAUUCGUGUGAAUCAAAACCCUCAGCUGACGACACUCCAAGUGAUACUCAUGAGGGAACACAACCGUAUUGCUGAUACUCUAGCUCAACUCAACCCUCACUGGAAUGACGAGACUCUCUUCCAAGAAGCAAGACGUAUCCACAUAGCUGAGAUACAACACAUCAAUUACUAUGAAUAUCUUCCUAUUUUGUUAGGUUUUGAGAAUAUGGUGAAGAACAAGCUCAUCUACCCUGGUGCUCACGGCUACGUGAACGAUUACAACCCUGGAGUGGAUCCUUCCAUACUCAAUGAACACGCCACAGCUGCCUUCCGUCACUUCCACAGCCUGAUCAGAGGUCACUUAAAAUUAAUCUCAGAAACCCGUCGCGCUAUCGGAGCCGUGCGCAUGAGUGACUGGUUUACCCGACCGCUACUGUUGGAACUCGACAAUGCCUUCGAUCACUUGGUUCGAGGACUUACAACUCAGGAGCAAGACUUCAGUGACCAGUCCUUCGAUAGUGAAAUUACUCAGUUCCUGUUUAAGCGUAACAAUACUUUUGGUGGUGAUCUGCGUGCAAGAGAUAUCCAAAGAGGUCGUGACCAUGGCUUGGCAUCCUAUAUAACUAGCAGAGCUGCGUGUGGCCUUCCUGUUCCCAAGACUUUCACUGAUAUGUUGGACUUCAUAUCUCAUGAGAACGUGGCUGCCCUCCAAAACUUGUACGCGACACCUGAAGACGUAGAACUGGUGGUAGCUGGUUCUUUGGAGCGCAACGUGCCAGGAGCUCAAGCUGGUCCAACCUUCCUCUGCAUCAUGACGGAACAGUUCUACAGAACACGUGUGGGAGACAGAUACUUCUAUGAAAAUGGCGCUGAUCCUGACAUUGCUUUUACGCCAAGCCAGCUCGACACGAUACGCAAGGGGGCAUCCAUGGCGCGAUUGCUAUGUGAUAACAGUGACGGAAUACAGGCUAUGCAGCCCAGAGCCUUCCAACAGAUAUCGCACACGAAUGUGCUGGUACCCUGUCAAUCAUUACCAGCUAUUGAUCUAACUCUAUGGCAAGACGCAAGAAGCCAUUUUUAAUAUGUAAGAAAUAGCAUUAAAUAAGAAUUAAAAAACAAAUUAAAAUGUCACCUAAAACUAACAAAGUUUAAUUUGUUAAGAACUUUCGCAAACCGAAACUUCUAGAAUAACAAUCGUACAAUACUAUUAUUAUACUUCAAUGGAAUAAUAGGUUGCAAAAGUUAGUGACGUGAUGUUUUAAGUAAAAAAUACUUAGCACCUAGAAACCCUAUGCUUGUUCAAUACUUAGUUGUUAUCCACACCGCUUAGCCGUUUCUUUUAAAUAAGUGUAUUACUACUACUAAGCUCUUUUUCAAUUUUAUUUUCAAUGUAUACAUUUAUUUUGAUAACCCUUUAUUUUAUUUAUUUGUACAGAUUAUGACACUAAGAUGUAAAAUAAUGUGUGAACAAAGCCAUUUUUUAAUUGUUUGUGCUAUUUUAGAAUACGUAGGAACAUGUUUUGACAAUACUGAAUCAAAUGGAUAAUAAUUAUUAUAUUUUU